AUUGUGUCAACAACCCCACCAUAACGCGCGUUUUCUUAUUUCGUUCUUCUCCCUCUCCACCGCUGCCAUUGUCAGUCAGUCAUUGCCGUCGCCGUCGCCUUUUUUCCCUUUCUCCCUAUCCACCACUGCCACGCCAACUUACCUUUCUUUCUGGAAAAUUUGGAUCGAGGCUAAUUUUAGUUCAAUUUGUUGCCAAAUCAGACCUAAUUUGGAUGCAAAUUUUUGGAUCAAUAUAUGAUUCAAAUCCGUUCUGAUUUGAAUCUUUCCAAAUCCAGGGGGUUCAAACAGGAGUAAUUAUUUGAUUGAGAAAUUGAACCCCAAUUUCAUUUAUCUUCGCCAUGAGCAUCGAACCUUUUAACAGGUUGGUGAAGCUAGCUGCGAGAGCUUUUUAUGAUGAUAUUACGACUAAAGGGGAUAAUCAGCCCAAGACCGGUCGGAGUGAUAAUAGGGGAAUCGCGGUUGUCGUUCUCGAUGCUCUCACGAGACGACAAUGGGUUCGGGAAGAAGAUUUGGCAAAGAACUUAAAACUACAUUCGAAGCAGUUACGUCGAACCCUAAGGUUUUUAGAAGAGGAAAAACUGAUUACUCGAGAUCAUAGAAGGGAGACAGCUAAGGGAGCAAAAAUAUUUAGUGCUGCAGUUGCUGCCACAGCUGAUGGUCAACGCCCAACAAAGGAGGGGGAUGAAAAGAUUAAGAUGCACACGCACUCUUAUUGCUCGCUAGACUAUGCACAGAUUUAUGAUGUGGUUAGAUACAGAGUGCACCGCAUGAGGAAAAAACUGAAAGAUGAAUUAGAGGACAAGAACACAGUUCAGGAAUAUAUAUGCCCCAACUGUUCGAGAAGGUACACUGCUUUGGAUGCCCUGCGAUUAAUCUCUCUUGAAGAUGAAUACUUCCACUGUGAAAAUUGCAAUGGAGAGCUGGUUGCAGAGAGUGACAAACUGGCUGCUGCUCAGGGAGGGGGGGAUGGUGAUGAUAAUGCCAGGAAGCGUCGACAUGAAAAAUUAAAGGACAUGCUUCAGAAGAUGGAGGUACAGCUUAAACCUUUAAUGGAACAAGUCAGCAGAGUCAAAGAUUUGGCAGUUCCAGAAUUUGGAACUCUUUUAGCAUGGGAAGCUCAUGCAAGUGCAGCUGCACGUGCAAAUGGUGAUCUGAAUGGCAACGAUCCUUCAAAAUCGUCACAAGGUUUAGGAUAUGGGGGAGCACCAAUGCCUUUUGUUGGUGAGACCAAGGUUGAAGUUGCCUUUUCUGGGGCUGAUGGCAAGGGAGCAGAUGUUAAAUCUGAAUCUGAGACGAGUCUGAAAGUCUUACCUCCUUGGAUGAUCAAGAAAGGAAUGAACCUCACAAAGGAACAACGUGGGGAGGUCAAAGAGGAGUCAAAGAUGGAUGCUGGUUCAGCUUCUGCUCAGUUUUUUGAUGAUAAAAAGUCAUUAGCCAAUGAUGAUGAUAAAACGAAUAUACAGGAUGAGUAUGUUAAAGCUUAUUAUGCUGCUAUACUGAAGAAGCAACAAGAGCUUGAAGAAGCUGCUAAGAGUGAACAGAAUAUUUCCAGCACUGAGGUUACAGAAAAUAACACAAAUUCCAAUCGCCAGGUGGGAAUGAAGGCAAAACGUGAAGAGGAGGAUGAUGAUGAUAUUGAGUGGGAGGAGGCUCCAACAGGGGGUAAUGCAAAUGAAAAUUACAAGGUUGACUUGAACGUUGAAGCAUCAGCUUCGGUAGAGGAUGAUGAAGAAGAAGAUGAUGUGGAUUGGGAGGAAGGUUGAAGAGACAGAGAAAUUUGAAACCCAAAUCUGACCAAGGUCAUACCUUUAUUCCAUCUGCAAGGGCUUAAUAAAUUGAGGUAGGAGCUCUGCAAUUAAUCUUGAGCAGCCGUGUUCCUUAUUAUAUUGGAGCCGAUUGUAGAGAUCCCUACCCUAAAUUGCUUGAUUUUCUGCUGAUAUUUCAUCUUGGCCACUCCGAUGAAUUGAAGUGUUGGAAGAAAAGAUAAACGAAAAUAUAUGAAUGAAAGAAGAAAGGAAUGUCAAUCCAACUGUUACCAAAUUAUAAAGGGAUGAACCCGUGUGCAAACUUGCUAUUGGAGCAAUACGGUAUAUUUUACAGUAGCUUUUACUUUUUUAGUUGAUGGUGAAGCUUAGGAAUAAAGACAGCGAUUGCCAAACAUUUUCUUCUUACUCUCCCUGUAGAAACAACUGAACAUAAUAAAUUAAUAUCUUUUUAAACAUUGCAUAA